AGAGAGAUGAAGAUAUGGAAGGAUUUAGACCACGGAAAUAUCGUGAGAUUCAUUGGAUUUGCGAUUGAAGAUCGUGGUGGAGUGCCAGAAGCAGUAUUAGUGUCCGAAUGGUGUGCAAAUGGAAAUCUCGCUGAAUAUCUGCAUUGCGAGCCAUCCUGCAAUCGGCUGGCCCUGCUUCUCGAUGUCGCCCGAGGUCUGACCUACCUCCACGACCGUGACCCUGUUGUUGUCCAUGGCGAUCUCAAGCCUUUCAACGUAUUAAUCAGUGAUGCUGGGCAUGCGAAGUUAUGCGACUUUGGCUUCUCUUUGAUAGCGGACGGAUUGACAACGGGGUUUACAUCAUCGGCACCUGGAUUUACGUUGCGCUAUUGCGCCCCAGAAGUUCUGGAGAGUGGUAAGAAAACGAGACCUGGUGAUACUUACUCCUUUGCCUGUACUUGUGCCAUGGUGAGCUCGCGUAAUUCGCGAUUAUAA